AUGUUGGGAUUUGCUAUCCUCGCCACAUUGCUGACCCUAACUGAGUCAUGUCAAGAGAUCCGAGUCAAAGCGGAGGAUGGGGGCGUAGUACUCGGACGCAGUUUGGAGUUUCCUAUUCCCCUGGACUUCCACAUGUUAACGGAGCCUGCUGGUACUAAACAUGAAGCCCACCCACUUCCCAACUGUCCUGGUGCUCCUUUUUCUUUUACUAACCGCUUCAAAGAGAUCGUUAUCCUGGGCAGAUUUAAUGGCAACUGGUGCAAUACUACAUGCGACGGGAUAAAUGAAGCAGGACUCUCUGCCAAUGUCCUCCUUUUCAAAGAUAAUGCUGAGUACAUAGAUCCUUCUGAUAUCUCUGGUGCCGCAUGUGAUAAUGCCAUUCCACAGACCAUGAUCCCUGCAUACAUCCUGGCUACCUACGAAACGGUAAAACAAAUCAAGGAUGAUCUGGAGAGUGACAAGUUUCCAGCUGUGUGGGCUGGAGACGAGUUUGGGGCAGUGUUGCCAAUACACUUCAACAUAAACGACAAAACUGGGGCAGGAUUAGUGCUGGAACAUGUUAAAGGAGAAGGAGUGAAGUGGUAUGACAAUACAGUCGGGGUUCUGACAAACUCUCCAACCUUCUCCUGGCACAUGAGCAAUCUCAGGAACUAUCCUCAUUUCCAGAGGAAUGACAAAGGAAGAGAAGGGUUAAAAUACUCUUCCCAGGGAGAAGACUACUCGUAUGGCCCACAAUGGUCCGGAUCUGGAAUGUUGGGGCUACCUGGGGAUUACACUUCACCUUCGCGCUUUGUUAAGGCUGCUACUCUUCUCGCCCUGGCUCCAAAACCUGCCACUACUAACGAGGCUAUAGUCCAAGUUUUCCAUCAUAUGGCCGCGGCUGAUAUUCCCUACGGAGUUGUGGAGACUGGCCCACUGGACCUAGCAAUCUUCACCUGGUGGACUCUGGUUAAAGAUUUGGAACGGAGAUGUGUCUACUACAGGUCUUACACGGACUUGUCGGUGAAGAAACUGUGUUUGGAUGAUAUUUCUGGUGUGAAAUCUGCUGUGAAGAUGGAGGGGAGGUUUGAGGAUGGGUUCAAGGACAUUUCAGGAGAGUUGAAGGAUUUUGACACUGUUUUACUUGAUAGACAUUCCGAGCUGUAA